AUGCCGGAGGAAACGUCGAACUUCCCCGCCCAUGAAGCUCGGGAUGCCCAGAUUGCGGAAUACGAAGAAGACGUAAAUAAUGAAUCCAAUAGCGAUGAUUCAUCCACUCCCGAUGACGAAGAGAGCUCUAGGUUCCAACUCGUCAGGUCGUUAACCAGAGAUAGCCUGCCAGAGCUCUCAAGAAUAGCAUCCGUUUUCCCCCAUGAUGAACAGUAUCCCCUAACGGGUGACCUGGACAGAAGAGAUACUGUGACUGGCCUUCAGCUAGGGGAUGCUAUCCUAAACCCUUCCAAUCCACAAUUCGAUUUCUUCAAAUGGACUCGCAAGCUGAUGCGAUUGAUGGAGGAGGAGGGCAUAAAGAGACGCCGUACGGGACUUACAUUCAAAAAUCUCUGUGUCUACGGUUCUGGUUCUGCAUUACAGUUGCAGAGCACGGUUUCUACUCCGCUCAUGGCUCCUAUCCGGUUUCGCGAAACCUUCGGUAUCGGCCAGAAAACUCAGAAGCGAAUUCUUAAGGAUUUCAAUGGGACGCUCAGGGAAGGCGAAAUGCUUGUUGUCUUAGGUCGACCUGGGAGUGGGUGCAGUACGUUUUUGAAGUCUAUCUGCGGCGAAACGCACAACCUUAUUCUCGGAAAAGACACAGUGAUCCAUUAUAACGGUAUUCCCCAAAAGACCUUCGUUAAAGAAUUUCGAGGGGAGGCUGUCUAUAGUGCGGAAGACGAAAAUCAUUUCCCUCAUCUCACCGUUGGACAGACCUUGGAGUUUGCCGCUUCUUGUCGGACACCAGCUGCCAGAGUCAUGGGAAUGACUAGGAAGAGAUUUGCCCGUCAUAUAACGAAAGUUGUCAUGGCUAUAUUUGGCUUGAGCCACACAGUCAACACCAAGGUCGGCGAUGAUUAUGUGCGAGGUGUCAGCGGUGGUGAACGAAAGCGCGUUAGUAUUGCGGAGCUUGCAUUGUCUGGUGCGCCCCUGGCCUGCUGGGACAAUGCAACUAGAGGAUUGGAUGCUGCCACCGCCCUUGAGUUCACUCAAGCGUUGCGAGUCGGGGCUGAUGUUACGGGAGGGACACAUGCCGUUGCCAUUUAUCAAGCAAGUCAGGCCAUCUACGAUAUCUUCGACAAAGCCAUUGUUAUUUAUGAAGGACAUCAAAUAUACUUCGGACCUGCUAGGGCUGCGAAGAAAUACUUCGAAGACAUGGGAUGGUACUGCCCUCCGCGGCAAACAACUGGCGAUUUUCUCACGUCCGUGACGAACCCUAUCGAACGAAGAGUUCGGAAAGGGUUCGAGUCCAAAGUUCCCCGGACUGCGCAGGAGUUUGAAGCAUACUGGCGCCAAUCUCAGGCAUUCAAGGACAUGCAGGCUGAAAUAGCAGAAAGCGAGAAAGAACACCCCAUAGGUGGGCCAGCUUUGGGAGAAUUGCGUGAAGCGCAACAGCAGGCCCAAGCGAAGCACGUCCGCCCAAAGUCUCCAUAUACCAUUUCGAUGGCCAUGCAAGUGAAGCUGUGCACCAUCCGUGCCUACCAACGCCUAUGGAAUGACAAGGCAUCAACGAUAUCCAGAGUGGCUGCGCAGCUAAUAAUGUCUUUGAUUAUUGGAUCGCUAUAUUUCAAUACGCCACAAGUUACCAGCAGUUUCUUCUCAAAAGGCUCGGUCCUAUUCUUCGCUAUUUUACUAAAUGCCUUGCUUUCUAUAUCCGAAAUCAAUACGCUCUAUGCCCAACGGCCCAUCGUCUCUAAGCAUGUAUCCUUCGCCUUUUAUUACGCCUGGGUGGAAGCAUUCGCAGGAAUAGUCGCUGACAUCCCUAUAAAGUUCGUCAUAAGCACUGUCUUCAACAUUAUUAUCUACUUCCUCGGUGACCUGAGGAGGGAACCUGGAAAUUUCUUCAUUUUCUUCCUCUUCACGUUUAUCACUAUGUUGACUAUGUCUGUGAUUUUCCGAACGCUUGCCGCCGCAACAAAAACUAUUUCCCAGGCACUCGCGUUCGCGGGAGUAAUGGUGCUGGCAAUUGUCAUAUAUACCGGUUUCACUAUUCAGCGAUCCUAUAUGCACCCAUGGUUCGAAUGGAUCAGCUGGAUCAACCCAGUAGCAUAUGCAUUCGAAGCCAUCUUAGUAAAUGAAGUGCAUAAUCAACGUUACGCGUGCGCAGAUAUCGUUCCGCCCUACGGCCAGGGGGAUAAUUUUCAAUGCCCAAUUGCCGGUGCCGUACCGGGUGAAAGGUCUGUGUCCGGCGACGCAUGGGUUGAAUCACAAUAUGGUUAUAAGUAUUCGCAUCUUUGGAGAAACCUUGGUUUCAUCUGCGCCUUCCAGGGCUUCUUUUACGUGCUUUACCUUGUUGCGACACAGAUGAACACCAGCUCAGGCUCAUCGGCAGAUUACUUAGUAUUCCGACGCGGGAACGUUCCUAAAUACAUGUUAGAACAGCAGGACGAGGAAAAUGGCAAAGUAAUCCGUCCGGAUGACGUUGCUGUUGCUGCUCCUCAGAAUGGAGCCAACGGGGAAGAUACCACCAAGGUUCUCCCCCCCCAAACUGACAUUUUUACUUGGCGAAACGUCGUCUAUGACAUCACAAUUAAAGGGGAGCCGAGGAGGCUACUUGACCACGUCUCUGGAUGGGUCCGCCCGGGCACUCUCACGGCAUUGAUGGGCGUCUCUGGUGCAGGUAAAACGACACUACUUGACGCACUUGCACAGCGGAUUUCCAUGGGCGUUAUCACCGGGGAUAUGUUUGUUAAUGGAAGGCCACUCGACCGGUCCUUCCAGCGGAAAACAGGCUACUGCCAACAGCAGGAUCUUCACCUUGAGACGACCACAGUCCGUGAGGCGCUUCGCUUCUCUGCCAUGCUGAGACAGCCAAAGACUGUUUCAAAGGCUGAAAAAUACGAAUUUGUGGAGGAUGUGAUCAAGAUGCUGAACAUGGAAGACUUUGCUGAAGCAGUUGUCGGCAAUCCGGGCGAAGGUCUCAAUGUAGAGCAGCGAAAGCUUCUCACCAUCGGUGUUGAAUUAGCUGCAAAACCACAACUUCUACUUUUCCUUGAUGAACCUACUUCCGGCCUCGAUUCGCAGAGUUCAUGGGCCAUCAUUUCUUUCCUCCGAAAGCUCGCCAACAAUGGCCAAGCUGUGCUCUCUACGAUCCAUCAGCCGUCCGCAAUCUUGUUUCAGGAGUUUGAUAGACUACUGUUUCUGGCAAAUGGCGGCAAGACUGUCUACUUUGGGGACAUCGGGGAAAAUUCCGAGAUCAUGCUCAAAUACUUUACAGAUCACGGGGCUGAACCCUGUGGCCCUGAUGAGAACCCAGCAGAAUACAUGCUGAACAUUGUGGGAGCGGGGCCCAGCGGUAAAUCGACGCAGGACUGGCCAGAAGUGUGGAAAGCUAGUCCACAAGCGAGGGAAGUUCAAGAGGAGCUGGAUCGCAUACAUGCAGAGAGGACAAAGGAGGAACCUGCUUCUGAGCCAGAGGAGGAGCCCUCGAUAACAGAAUUUGCCAUGCCCAUGACAUCACAGAUAUACCAUGUUACUCUUCGAGUUUUUCAACAAUAUUGGAGGACGCCGACAUACGUCUGGGGAAAGUUUUUGCUGGGUUUUAUGUCUGCUGUCUUCAUAGGCUUCUCAUUCUAUGGACAAAACUCGUCUUCUUCGGGAUUUCAAAAUACGGUUUUCUCGAUUUUUAUGUUGAUGACCAUCUUUACUAGUCUUGUCCAACAGAUAAUGCCCCUAUUUGUUACCCAACGGUCUCUUUUCGAAGUCCGCGAAAGACCAUCGCGCGCAUACAGCUGGAAAGCCUUCCUACUCGCAAACAUCAUCGUGGAAAUCCCCUAUCAAAUACUCCUUGGAAUAAUCGUCUGGGCAUCCUUCUACUUCCCGGUUUUCGGCAAGAACCAAACGGCCGAGCAGCAAGGCAUAUUCAUCCUCUACUGCGUGCAAUUUUUCAUCUUCACAUCUACCUUCGCUCACAUGGUAAUCGCCGGUCUCCCUGAUGCAGAAACUGCAGGACACAUUGCCACAACCCUCUUCAGUUUAGCCCUUGUCUUAAACGGCGUCAUGCAGCCUCCCAGAGCCUUCCAGGGUUUUUGA